ACCCAAAGCGAAAAUUCAAACAUACCUUAAAACAAGGAAGGAUAUGAGUGAUUGUGCACUUUCAAUUUAAUUUUCUUCCACUUUCCUGGAAACUCAAUUAGGAAAUUAAAACCUUCCCCCCUAAAUCUUUCCCAACAAACCCUAAGAAGCUCUCCCCCAAUUUUCCUUCACAUUCUCAAAGGAAAAAACGAAAAGAAUGGAGAAUUCGACUCAAGAAUCCCACCUGAGAUCCGACAACUCCAUAACCUACGAAUCGCCCUGCCCAGUUUACGCCAUGGCCUUAUCUUCCGCGCCUUCCCGCACGAGUCUCAACCACCAACGCAUCGCUCUCGGCAGUUUCAUCGAAGACUACGCUAACAGAGUCGACAUAAUCUCAUUCGAUCCUGAAACCCUUUCCUUCAAAACCCACCCAACUCUUUCUUUCGACCACCCUUACCCACCCACGAAACUCAUGUUCCAACCCAACCGAAAGUCCCCUUCCUCUUCUUCCUCCGACCUCCUUGCUUCAUCCGGCGACUACCUCCGCCUCUGGGAAGUUCGAGAGUCUUCCAUCGAACCUUUCUCCGUUCUCAACAACAGCAAAACCAGCGAGUUUUGUGCCCCCUUAACUUCCUUCGAUUGGAACGAUGUUGACCCCAAGAGAAUCGGGACCUCCAGCAUCGACACCACGUGUACCAUUUGGGACAUCGAAAAAGGCGUUGUUGAAACCCAGUUGAUCGCUCACGAUAAAGAGGUUUACGACAUUGCUUGGGGUGAAGCUAGAGUUUUUGCUUCCGUUUCCGCUGAUGGGUCCGUAAGGAUUUUCGAUUUAAGAGACAAAGAACAUUCGACGAUUAUAUAUGAGAGUCCUCAACCGGAUUCCCCUUUGUUAAGAUUAGCUUGGAACAAGCAAGAUUUGAGGUAUAUGGCUACGAUUCUAAUGGAUAGCAAUAAAGUUGUGAUUUUGGAUAUAAGGUCACCUACAAUGCCGGUAGCUGAGCUGGAGAGGCAUCGAGCCAGUGUCAAUGCGAUUGCCUGGGCUCCACAAAGUGGUAGGCAUAUAUGUUCUGCUGGGGAUGAUACGCAGGCACUUAUUUGGGAGUUGCCUACGGUGGCUGGACCUAAUGGGAUUGAUCCUUUGUCUAUGUACUCGGCUGGCUCCGAAAUCAAUCAGUUGCAGUGGUCCGCUGCACAGCCUGAUUGGAUUGCCAUUGCUUUUUCUAACAAAAUGCAGCUGCUCAAAGUUUGAGAUCCCUUAUGGCAUUAUGAAGACAUGUGACCGAAGCGACAUAUUUUUGCAUUUUACUCAUUCUUGGUCGGUGAAGCUGAUUCAAUGGGAAUUCUUCUUCAAGCCCUGAUGUGGAUGAUUUAGUAUUUGGUUGAGAAAUUAUUUGAGGUUCCUUCUUUAGCCAUUUAGCUUCAUUAAUCAUUGAUAGUAAGCUGUGUGCACUUGUUGGUUGUUUAGAAAAGCACUGUUUUGUUGUAUAGCUUGAAAGCCUUGGAGUAAAGUUCUUGCCAAAAAAGAGAAGUCAAGUAUCAUCCAGUCCUGGCAUAGAACCUAUCAACUCUGAUUGGAACUCUUGACUAGUAUAGUUCCCAUCAGCGGCUGAAAGUACUAGUAGUAGUUUUUUGUGUAUUUGUUGUAUAGGGUGUCAGCUCGUGGCUGGUGAAACUAUUCAUAACUUGAGGGCUCAAUAUUGAAUGAUCGUUGCAACAGGUGUCCAGGGAGCCUUGAUGAGUUUAGAACUGUGGCUAGUUUUCCUGCUGCUGGAGGUGUUUUCCCCCCAAUGCUAUGUAAAACGUUUUUCGAAGAAAAUAUGAAGAUUAUAUGUAUCUCUUUUGCUUAGUCUAAGAGAA